GGAACCCAAUUCUUGAGGCCCCAAAUUCCACAACUCAAAGAAUUUGUCUUCAAAGCCUGCAAAUUAAGCAAAUGGCAAGAAGCCCCUUUUAUAAAUAGCCCAAAACCCUCAUUCAUUUUAUUGCAUUCCCCAACAGAUUAAAAAUAAAACAGAGUUUUUGAGAUCCUCCAUGGCAGAAGUGAUCCUCCAUGUUUACGACAUAACCAAAAGUGACGGGUACAACGCAGUCAAUUUCGGUGUAGUCCAAAUGAACAGGCUACUCAAAGACACCAUCUAUUUCGGCGGCAUCUUCCACAUUGCAGUCCAAGUUUACGACAACGUUGAAUGGGCCUACGGGUCUUGUGAGAAAGGCAGCGGGGUUUUCAGUUGCCCCGCUACCAAAAAUCCCAAUUACACGCAUCGCGAAAAGAUUGUAUUGGGCAGAACAGAGUGCUCUGCCCACAAAGUCAAUCAGAUCUUAAAAGAUCUUCGCGAUGCGUGGCCUGGUAACAAAUACAAUAUGGUCUCAAGGAACUCAAAGCAUUUCUGUGACGAGUUCCUUGAGAAAUUAGGCGUCCCAAAACUACCGAAUUGGGCUAACAGAUUUGCUAACAUUGGUGAUAUUGCAAAGGAAGCAGCAGGGACAGUAGUUAAAGCUAAAGAUAAAGCGUCUAAACUUGUGUUUCAUCCGGUUGAUUUUGCUGUCAACAUGACCACUGUUAAUAAAAACUCUAAAGCAAUAUAUAGCCCUAGUGAGUUUAGGUUCCGCUUUGAUUUUGCUGUUAAGAAUUUUAAGGUCGCUGCACCGGUUAUCCGCUCCGAUCGAUGAAAAGCCAUGUGUACGAUUCAUGCUCAAUCAAUUAACACUACCAUAAGAAAAAGAAGAAUCUAAGAUGUAAACCUUGUAGUUUUCUAAGUUUGGUUUGUCUCAAAAUAAUGUAUUUUGUAUUUAGCUAAAUGUAUUAAUGGAAGAGUGACCGUAUUGUAAAAUCAAAUGCUUACACCCUCACUAGGGGUCUAAGAUUGUCCAAUCGUCCCAUCAAAAAUGGAUAAUUUUGAACUUCGAAUG